GAACGCUACAGCGGGAAGAAUGAGAGUGACGGGCAGCGUUGCCAGAGGCCUUCUGGUGGAUGUGCACUCUCACAUCUAUACACCGCGUCUCGUUGAGCUUCUGCGGAGACGAGCAUCGCCCCCAUGCAUCUCCAGCACAGACGGGCAAGAGACGUUGCGGACUUCGCGGGACAGUGGAGAGGGGAAAGGAAGCGCGUUUGGACCGCAAUUCUGGCAGCGCAGCAACAAAGUGGCCUUCAUGGAUCGACACCGCAUCGACGCAAGCAUCGUCAGUGUCGCUGACCCUUGCUUGGACUUUCUCCCACCGGAGGAGGCCGUCGAGGCAGCUCGGGUGAUCAACGAGGAGCUCGAGUCAUGGUGCCUUCCUCCCGCCUCAUCUUCUGACUCGGAAGACAUGCCCUCGUCCGUCUUUUCGGCAGGCGACGCCCGCACAGCGUUCCGAGCCGCUGUUCCCAACUCGUCUCGGAUACGCGCGUUUGGCGUGCUGCCCUUCGCAAACGAAGCGGUGCCCGUCGCCGCUGUAACGUCGCAACUCGAGGCUAUACACAAGAGCACAUCCCUCCGAGGUGCCGUCCUGAGUACAAAGGGCUUGGGCAAAGGACUUGACGACGAGAGGCUGGAGCCACUCUGGGAAUGCGCCGAGCGUCUCGAGCAGCCUCUCUUUGUUCAUCCCCACGGCGACGGCACAGCACCGACUAGCAGCGCAGACGGAGGCCUCUUCGGGCUACGGAGCUCAGGCGCUACCUUGCCUCUGGCCUUAGGCCUUCCCUUUGAAACAGCCGCGGCUGCAGCUCGCUUGAUCGUUAGCGGCGUUCUCGAUCGCUAUCCACGGCUCAAACUCAUUCUCGCUCACAGCGGUGGAGCGCUUCCUAUGCUCUCCUCUCGCCUGGCGUGGUGCGUCUCCCAGGAGGCAGACAUCCGCGCGCGGCUAAAGCACGAUGUCCGCUACUACCUUGGUCAGCUCUACUUUGAUGCUCUGUGCUAUGGCCCCGAGGAGCUGGAGCUGGCCGUCAAGAUCGUCGGACGGGCUCAUAAACAUAGACGAGGAGGACCGGGAAUAUACGGUACACCGAAGCGCGGCUCGCAGGAAGAGCAGGAAGAAAUCACAGCUGGCGCCCGUCGAUUCCUCUUUGGGACGGAUCACCCCUUUUUCCCUCCUCUGGCGAGCGAGUCGAGCGAGUCGAGCGCGGAAGCGCCCAUCUGGCAGAGUGCGUCGACGAAUCUGCAGGCGCUCCAUGCCGUCGCGUCCUUUACCGCGCACGAACGCGAUCUCAUCGCUGGCUCCAACGCUUCCACUCUCUUUGGCUUCUCAUGAAGCCUCAGCUAACAGAAGCAGUCCUCUCACUUUCAAUGCGUAGACCGGUUCACUCUUGCAAUAUAGAUUAGAUCACCCUCUGAUACAGUCUCCAUCCUCCG